UCUCUCUCUCUCUUUCUCUCUUGACUCUCGAGGCAUUCAGAAACGGAAACUGUUCAAAUGAAGAAACGAUUGCCUUAAAAAAGAACAACUCAGAAAACCCAACUCUUUAUUUUGUUCUUCUGGUCAAUCCCUCCAUAAAUUCUGAUCUGUACAGGCUUGAAUUGUUGAGACCUCCUCCUUCUUCCAUGAAUCGCCUUUUGGGAUUUCUUCUCUUGUUGGGUCUCUUUUCAAUUGGUUCCACGGGAGAGAAAUUUGACUCCCACCUCCUUCCUAGACCGUUAAUCCUCGAAUACUCUGAAACCCAUGAAUCACAAUUGAAAGGAUUUGACGAUGACGAGGUGCAGUUAAAGUGUACGAGUUGGAGGUUUGCAGUUGAGGCUAAUAACCUAAAUCCAUGGAAGACGAUCCCACCAGAAUGUGCUAGCUAUGUGAAGGAUUACAUGACAAGCAGAGCUUACAGCUUUGAUCUCGAGAGGGUUUCCAUGGAGGCGGGUAGUUACGCAAGGAGCCUUCAGCUCGCUGGAGAUGGGAUGGAUGCCUGGAUUUUCGAUAUCGAUGAGACGCUGCUGUCGAAUCUUCCGUAUUAUUUCGACCAUGGGUUCGGUUUGGAGGUUUUUGAUUCGCGUGAAUUUGAUAAAUGGGUAGAAAAAGCUGCUGCUCCUUCCAUAGAUUUGAGUUUGAAGUUGUAUAAGGAGGUCUUGGGUUUGGGAUUCAAGGUCUUCUUAUUAACAGGGAGGACCGAAAGCCAGAGGACUGUUACUGUUGAGAAUUUAAGAAAUGCAGGAUUUCAGGAUUGGGACAAGCUUAUAUUGAGAGCCUUGGAGGACCAUGGAAAAACUGCAACUCUAUACAAGUCAGAGAAGAGGAAUGAGAUGGUGAAAGAAGGAUAUAGGAUUCUGGGGAACUCUGGAGACCAAUGGAGUGAUUUACUAGGUUACUCCAUUUCAAAUCGUUCUUUCAAGCUUCCAAAUCCUAUGUACUAUAUUCCCUGACAGGGAUUCUUCAUUGACAGCAGCAAUCAUAGAACUUUUCAAUUUCUAUGAACAUAUUCAUUCCUGAAGUCAGCUCUCUGACUCCUGUUAAGUGUAAAUCCAAACAACAGAUCAUUGUGUAGAUUCAUUUGCAUCAGAAAGGGACUACUACUAGCUAUCACUCUC